AGGAUCACAUAUGUAGGCGGAACUGUUUUGUGUUGACGUGUUGUAAAUAAAGAGGCAUAUUUAUGUGGAUGUGAGGAAAGCAAGAACGAAAUACAAAAUGAACUCUGAUGUAGAAUACUACAUCAAACAUAACUAUACAUGGGCAAAACUUCCUGCCAACAUCAAGCAGGUUGUGGGAAAUGCUCAGAGGGAAUAUGAAAAGGCCAUACUACUGUUCAGUGUCAAAAACCAGCUAAGGUACAAGGGGAAUCUUGUGAAGACAGUAAGGAAGGAUGAACGUCGGUAUUAUGAGGAGUUGCUGCAAUACAGCCAAGAUCACCUGAUGCUGUACCCAUACCACCUGUCAGACGUGAUUGUCAAGGGCCUCAGGGUGACGCCCUUCUCCUACUAUAUCAGCAUCAUGUCAGACAUAAUGACCCAGGAGAAGAGCUAUGACUCCUUACCCAAUUUCACAGCAGCUGACUGCUUACGUCUGCUGGGCAUAGGAAGGAAUCAGUACAUUGACCUGAUGAAUCAGUGUCGUUCCUCAAAGAAAUUCUUCCGUAAGAAACCGGUGAAGGAAUUACUUCCAACCCAACCUGUAGAGUCUGUGAGCAUUGACAGCUGGUGGCUUGUCAACAUAGGGUAUAUCACAGAAGAUGACAUCAAGAUGUGUAUGAUAAUUGAGAAAAGUGUCAUUGAUGUCAUCAUAGACAGUGGAACACAGACAGCUGGUGAUCUGGAUUACAGGGUUCUCCACAGUUUGUACAGGAAAGGUCUGGUCUACUUGGACGUCCCAGUCUCAGAUGAUGAUUGCAUAAUAGUUCCUCCACUGGAAGGCUUUGUAAUGAACAGAGUACUGGGAGAUUACUUUGAAACAUUAUUGUACAAAAUAUUUGUGUCCAUUGAUGAACACACUCCAGUCAGUGAGCUGGCAACUGUUCUUGAAAUUGACCUACAACUAGUCAAGAAUGCUGUUUCGAUGUUCUGCCGCUUGGGAUUUGCCAAAAAGAAACAAGUGGAGUCAGCUCAGGAAGAUCUUCACCCUUCAUGGAAAGGUGCUCAGUCAUCAGCCAAAAAACCAUCAAGGACAAGUGAGGAGCACAUGCUGAUAGACUGGACAAGUACCACGCUGACAGAGAUGUCCCUCCAUGCUGAGACUAGCAGCACUUCACCAGAGACCAGCAGUGUGGAGGGGGUCAUAGCAGAGUCCAGCAGCUCUUCUAGUCAGAUAGCAGCACCAGUGGCAGGCACAAAAAGAGUGGCGUUUCUCUUCGACUCCACACUCACAGCAUUCCUCAUGAUGGGCAAUUUGUCACCGGGACUGAAGAGCCAUGCAGUAACAAUGUUUGAGGUGGGAAAACUCAGUGAUGAGUCUUUAGACAGUUUUUUGGCAGAGUUGGAGAAGGUAGGUGAUGAUGCAGAGGGUGAGGCUCGCAGGUAUUUUGAUCAUGCUAUCACACUGAGGGACACCAUCAGGUUUUUGCGUCACAACAAGAGCUUAUGUCCUGACCCAGAUCAGCUGACCGCGGGCCUGGCUAUUGACCUGAUUCGCUGUGAAAGUCUCCUCGGUUUGGACCCAGCCACGAGAGCCAGAGUGCUCAACAAAAACUAUAUGCUGCUGGUAUCCAUGGCACCCCUCAGCAAUGAGAUUAGACCAGUUAGUAGCUGUACUCCCCAGCAUAUAGGACCAGCCAUACCAGAGGUGAAUUCAGUGUGGUUUAAACUGUACAUUUACCACCUGACUGGAAAUGGUCCUCCCUCAGUGUUGCUUGUAAAAGGCACCAAACUGCGAAAGUUACCCAAAGUACUGCAGGACUGUGACCGUCUACUGGUGACAACAUGGGGCCAUGAUCCAGGUGUGAUAGCCACCUCUAACAUCAUGUUAACAUUGAAUGAUGCCCUGACACACUCAGCUGUUUUAAUACAGGGUCAUGGCUGCCAUUCAGAGGACCAAACUGUGUUUGUACCAUUCCCGCUGCAGAAGGACACAGGUCCAUUUUCAAGACAUCAUUUACAUAAUCAUUCCGCAGUACAGAAACUUGCCUCUCUCCUUGACUUGAAACAUACCUGUGGUUACAUCACUCUGCUGAAUCAGGGAAGGUAUCACCCUUACUCUGGAGGGAGACAAGCUGAAUAUGAUCCAUUCAUGGAGACUCCAAAACUCAGUGGGGGAUCGUCUGUCAGUGCAAGCUCUGAAAACAUUGACAAACCAACAAAUGGCAUAAAAGACUUAAUGUCUGCAGAAAUGCUGGCUUCUGAAAUAGAUUCUUUAGAUCCUGCUACUGUGGAAAAGGAAUCUCUCCAGGAAAGGGACAAAUUGACAUUAAAUCUGGCAGAGACAGAUGCUAAGGGUCCGUUAGCAGCUGAUGGAUUAGGAGAACAAGACUGGUGUCUGCUUGACUGCUUUUUUGGAGUUCCACUAUUUGACUCUGAUUUGAACAAGGAAGUCUGUCAGCGAAUAUCCUCAAACAGUCUGUGCACAAAAGAAAGCUUGCAAGAUUUACUCCACUCCAGUCGGAAGUUGUCUUUACAACUCUUGAACUUCAUUUCUCAGUACCAGGAUGUUCCGGGUCAAGCUGAGCCCUCAGUAGACAAAUCUCUAUCUGAAGACCUCUCUGAAGUCAUCCCCUACCCCACACAAAACUUGGUAUUUGCCAAGGGGAAACUUCAAAAGUGGAAUGGCCAGUGAUACUCCUCUCUUCAAGCUGUUGGUGGAAUUUUAAAAAAAAAAAUUUAUUACCAUUUUUUGUCAAGACAAAUGACUCGGCGAAGAGGGCUUUGGAGCUGUGCAUGUGAAUUACAACAGUGACAUGCAGAAUAGACUGUUAUUAGUAUUCGUUUAUGAUGAUGAAAUGUAUAAGGCUCUUAUCUCUCAUGUUA